AUGCAGGAAAUUCAUGCUGAAGAAUGUGGCGAACACCAAGGAAUGAAGAGGCUUCAUCGGCAGCUGCUGAAUAUUGGUUAUUAUUGGCCUACCAUGAAGAAUGACGCUUACAACUUCGUAAAGAAGUGCCACGCAUGCCAAGCCCAUGCCAAUUUAAGCCAUAAGCCUCCCAUGUUGUUACAGGACAUGCGUACUCCUUGGCCUUUCCACAUUUGGGGGCUUGACUUGAUCAGAACUAUCCACCCACCUUCUGACGGCUAUAUGUGGAUCCUCACAGCCACUGAGUAUUUCACAAAGUGGGUUGAGGCAGUUCCUCUUCGAAAGGCCGUGGGGGCUGCCAUUGCAAAUUUCAUCCGUGAAUACAUCGUAUGCAGAUUCGGAAUCCCAUACAAGAUCGUUACCAACAAUGGUACCCCAUUUGUUAACAAGCAAGGAAGCUCGACACUUAGCGGCUAUGGUGUCAAGCAUCGUCAUUCCACGCCAAAUUACUCGCAAGGAAAUGACCAAGCAAGGAGACCUCGUGCUAAAAGUUGUCGAGCAUGUGAGAAGGCAAAUAUCGGGACCUUCCAAGUUUGCCCCACAAUGGGAAGGACUGUUUGCAAUCAAAGAGGUCUACAUCAGCAGCUAUUAUCGCUUGGUCUCUGA